AGUGUGACUUGUCUUCUUUUGUAGUGUGAGUGUGUGCCUGCAUCCGCGCGCGUGUGUGUUUGUGUGUGUGUGCUUGCUGUGUGUGCCUCUAUGUAGCCCACUGUCUCUGGAGAGCUUUGAUCAGACAGCUGCACUGUGAAUUAAUCCAGAGCGAAGGCUGUGCUGUACAGGAUCAGCAAAGCACACAGUCCUGGCUCCAUUGAGGCUUCCCUCUGCCUGCAUCAUGCUGCCCUCCUUCUACAAGACCCCAAACUCUGGGCUGUGAUCUGACUGACCCUCAUCGAACAUGGAUUAACAGAGAACAGCACCCACAGGGCAGCACUCACUCGAGGAGAUCACCCACCCCCCCUACGAUAAGAGGAGUUUGGAGACCAGAGAAAACACUGGGCUGCCCUGAAUUGCUUGCUACAUUGUUACUGCAAAGUGUGCUCUACAGAUCUUCUCGCACUGUGAGUGGGAGAUGGUGUUGGUGCUUGGGAUGGAUGUGGCCACGAGUAUAGGGAGCCUGCAGCAUGGACCUGCUCAGGGGAAGCAGAGGCUGCUUACUGCCCAGAGAGGGAUGUUAAAGACAAGGCACCAGAGAGCCAACAAGACACGCAGGAAAAGGAAGGAGCUGCUGCUGGGACAGAUGUGUUUUAUGGGCUGCCUCUGGCUGGUUGGUUCAUCUUUCUCUUACUGGGUUGGCAAUUCGGGUUAUGGGAACAUCAACCACUUAGCAGAUGAACAAAUCAGAGCCGUUGAGGCCAGUAAAUGGAAUGGACGGGGGUUACUAUGGGCGGACCAAGAAAAUAUUACUGAGGUGGAGACUGAAAAACCUCAUCGUAAGAACUGCACCGAGCCAGCUCUCCAUGAAUUUCCUAGUGACAUCUUCUCGAAUGAGGACAGGAAGCAUGGAGCCAUCGCUCUACAUGUUCUAUUCGCAAUGUAUAUGUUCUAUGCUCUUGCUAUUGUAUGUGAUGACUUCUUUGUUCCGUCCUUGGAAAAGAUUUCAGAGAGGCUGCAACUCAGUGAAGAUGUUGCUGGUGCAACAUUCAUGGCUGCUGGAAGUUCCGCCCCGGAAUUGUUUACAUCUGUCAUAGGGGUAUUCAUCACGAAAGGUGACGUGGGAGUAGGAACCAUUGUGGGAUCUGCCGUAUUCAAUAUUCUAUGUAUAAUUGGAGUCUGCGGGCUGUUUGCAGGACAGGUGGUUGUUUUGUCAUCCUGGUGCUUGCUAAGGGAUGCUUCAUACUACACACUGUCAGUUCUUGCCCUGAUUGUGUUUAUUUAUGAUGAAAAGGUUGCCUGGUGGGAGUCCGUGAUCUUAGUACUGAUGUAUGCCGUUUACAUUCUUAUAAUGAAGUAUAAUUCCAACAUCCAUCAGUGUUUUGAAAAGAGAAAAAAAAAUGGACCAAACCUAGCGAAUGGGCUCGCAAGUAAUGCAGACAUUGAUGACAAUGUCAACUGCGAUGCAACGGUGGUGUUACUUAAGAAAGGAAACUUCCAUCGCAAAACAUCAGUGAUUAUGGUGGAUGAGCUACUGUCUGCAUACCCUCAUCAGCUGUCCUUCUCUGAAGCAGGACUCAGGAUCAUGAUUACCAGCCACUUUCCUCCCAAAACCCGUCUCUCCAUGGCCAGUCGUAUGUUAAUAAAUGAGAGGCAGAGACUAAUAAAUAGUAGGGCGUAUGCCAAUGGUGAGUCAGAAGUGUCCAUCAAAAUUCCUAUAAAACAUGCAGUAGAGAAUGGGACGGGCCCUGGGAACUUGGCCGAGAGAAAUGGAAACGGGACCAGGAGGGAUGAAGAUGUUGCUGAGGCUGGAAAUGAAACAGAGAAUGAGAAUGAAGAUAAUGAAAAUAAUGAGAAUGAUGAAGAAGAAGAGGAAGAAGAUGAUGAUAAUGAUGGGCCCUUUACUCCAUUCGAACUUCCUACCGGGAAGGCCAACAAGCUAAAAUGGGUAGCAACAUGGCCUUUGAGUUUCCUCAUGUAUUUCACUGUGCCCAACUGUGCCAAACCUCGCUGGGAGAAGUGGUUCAUGGUCACAUUUGUAGCCUCCUCAAUCUGGAUAGCAGCUUUUUCAUACGUCAUGGUUUGGAUGGUCACUAUAAUUGGAUUUACGUUGGGAAUACCAGAUGUAAUUAUGGGUAUAACUUUCCUGGCUGCUGGGACCAGUGUGCCUGACUGUAUGGCAAGUUUGAUAGUUGCAAGACAAGGAAUGGGAGAUAUGGCCGUGUCAAAUUCCAUCGGCAGCAAUGUGUUUGACAUCCUUAUUGGACUUGGUCUUCCGUGGGCAUUACAAACACUGGCAGUGGAUUAUGGUUCCUAUAUCCAUCUAAAUAGCAGAGGGCUCAUAUAUUCUGUUGCUUUACUACUGGCUUCCUUAUUUGUUACGGUGUGUGGAGUCCACUUAAACAAGUGGAAGCUUGACAAGAAGUUGGGGAUCACAUGCCUUUUCUUGUAUAGCAUCUUCCUGUGUCUGUCUAUCCUGACAGAAUUCAAUGUUUUCACCUUUGUGAACUUGCCCAUGUGCAGGGGAGGAAUCUGAUCUUUACAGCAGAUGCGUUAAGGAGCUCACCCUUCUUUUUUGUGCAAUAUAAAUACACGGCUCUCAUCAUGACACAAUGAUGCGCCCAGAGGUCGUGAAAAACAAUAUCCUGGUCAUUCUUCAUGAGAACAUUUUAAUACCCCAUACCUUUUUCUUUUCUUCAAUAUUACUGUUUUGGGAGAUAAAUGCCUAGAUAGUUUUUUUUUUUGUCUCUUCACUUUUAUGAGAUUCCUACACUUUGCUUAAUAUGUGUCCUUUUAAACAGUGACCAGGGUACAGGGUUAAAAGGCUGCUAACUGGCCAAGAGCCAGCUCAAUGUCUGGUACAAUUCCUUCUUUUUAAGUUAUUUGGUGGAAGACUAAUCUAAUUUAUGACUUGAGAUUGUUUGAACAUUACAGAAGAAUGGAAAUGCUUAUUUACCAGGGAUCAAUUACGAGGAAUUUCAUGAGAUCGGAAGCUAAAACUCUUUCCCUAGUUCGUAUAAAAACAAUUCUUUUAAUUACUUUGUUGAAGAAGAAUUCCAGUACGAACAAUCCACAAACGAUGGCGAUCAUGUGAGCUUUCCAAUGUAACCUGUUGAUAUUUAUGGUGAUACUUUUAGAGAGACAAAGUACGGAACUUUUUGUAUCAUGAACAAACUUCUCUUCAUGAAAAAUAUGAGAUAAAAAAAUGUAGAUUUUCUGAGGCAGUGUUAAACUGUUCUCGAUAUUUUUAAGGCAACUAAUGACAGGGUCAAACGAGAUGACAUUGGUUAUUGCGUGGAGGAGAUAUUAUGAUUAUUAUUACAGUGCAAGAGGGUUGUACAGCACAUUUCCCACGAUGCACAGCAGCAGCCCUAAAGCGCAGAUGCAGUUUGGUAAAGAACCCACAGGUUUGAACGUGACAUUGAAAAUUCCUUUGUAUCUGGUUUGGCUUUAUCAGAAUUAGCCUGGUACAGUAUUUUUGUAUACAGAGUUUCAUAGCAUGCUCUGGCCGCUAUGUAAACUCAAAAAAAGUCAUAUGAUUUAUUAAUACAGUUACGGACACUGGUUUCUUAAAAGCAAAAUUUGCACAGAUGCUUUUCAAUGACAUUACAACACACCACUUUUUUGAGUGUACACUGGACCUGACCAUAUCGUAUUUAUAGUAUAAACAGAUCUACGCACCCCGGAUACAUAUAUAAAAAGAACCGGCAGUGUUUUAUGUGUCCUAUCAACUGAUCCCAGGAGAAAGUUUUUAGCAGCUUAGGCUUAAAUAGCUAACCUUUAAUUUAUUAUGCACGCUCACGAAGGAAAUGAUUUUGGUAAACAAGCAGUGUUAGUUUCUGCGAGUCAUGAAAGCUACCGUUAAUUCAGGGAUUUAGAGAUUGACAUACGCACUGCAAUGCUUAUUUUUGUACACAUAUAAUAUUAUAUACAGCUGUUACAUUGAGGUGCACUGUCCUAGAUAAAUAUUAUUACAGCUAAAACAGAUAUAUAGUUUAUUGAAAAAUUGUGCGGUUUUAAAAAUGGAAGCAGCUUUCUAAAUGAAAUAAAAUUCUACCAGUAUCCACGUCAAUCCUUCCUAUAAUUGAAACUGAAUGUGGUUUUGUACAUAGCAACAUUUGGCAUUGCAUUUUGGGAGUUCACUACCUCCCACCUAUAACAAAGGGGGUAAUAUACAAUAUGAAACUCCUGGACACAUACUGUAUUAAUCUUAUUAUGUUUGACCACCCGAACGACCUGUACAUUGAUUUAUCAAAAACACAGUUCUGGGUCUACAAAGAUUUUACUCACACGGUACUUGGAAUAGAAUGUAUUGAUGAAUAAUCUUAAUCAUUUAGUGUAUUUGCACGGUACAUGGGUUAUUUGGAUAUCAUAUACUGUUUAAGGAUGUCAAAAGGAGAAAUGUUUA